CUUUUGGACGCGAUAACCAAAUAAUUACAUUGCACAUUGAAGGUUCUGAUAAAAUAUUUCAUUUGUCUAUUUGAUCAAUAUCCACAGUCGCAAAUGAAAUGGAGCCGUCAUCUUCCCGAUCAGCAUCCGAGGCGCUAAGCUCCGACUUCUUUUAUGGCUGGGAUUUACUAUACAAAUCGGUAGACAGCAAAAUAAACAAGAAGGCAGAUGUUUUAAUAGUUCUCAGUCACUUUCUGCUGACCAAGCAUUAUAAGUUCCGCUGCGUUGGUAUUGGAGACGAUAAAACUCUGAGCGAAGAUGAAGAGGGCAGCGAACUACUUCCGGAUCAUUGGAAUGGCGACAGCACCAAAUACGCACUACGAUACGUACAUAAUAAAGUGCUAUAUUUGCUGCUUGGACACAUUACUGAAGAUGAUUUAAUUCUCAAUCUACUUGAUAUUAAUACCAAGAACGUGUCCAACAUUUGCGUCACGCCUGAAUCGCUGGUAGCUGAAGUAAACGGUGGCAUUAUAAAAAUGAUGCCAACUGCGACGGAUAUUGUUGAACGUUUUCGCAAGGAACUUUGUGAUCCGGUAUUCACGGGCAACUCGCGCGAGGUGACCACACAGACACGGGCUAACACAUCAGCCCAAGUGACAGAUCCCUUGCGAAUUGGAGAACCUAGGCGUCCGGGCUCAUACAUGCCCCAUGGAUUUGAUUCACGUCCUUUCGGUUUUCCUGAUGUUGGUCGUGGGGACUUAGAUCCACUCGGCCGUGGCUCUGGUAAUCUAUUUCCAUUUCCAGCCAAUCCAGGAUUGGCACGUUUUGAUCCGUUUAACCCUAUAAAUCCACAUAACCCUGGGUCCAUGGGGCCAAAUCCUGAUCACAUGCGCCCUCCAAACUGGAAUCCCGAUUACUACAUGUAAAAUUACACGUAGUCUGCAAUAUGGAGUUCACGGCCUAUCAAAUUAAUUUAAAGUUUCCUUAAAUCGAUUCCAAAAAAAAAAAGAAAUAAAAAUUGGACUGGAGAAAUACGA